GAUUUUUUGCCAAGAAAGGCACGCUAGCCACCUCCACUCAGCGGAAACCUCUAUUAAUGUGUUAGAUUUGUCAAGAUACCAGCUUUUGAUUCCUCCAAUUUCAAGGAAUUAUGACUGCCAUUAAUUCUCCUCGAGACAGGUACAAGGCUGUAUGGAUCAUAUUUUUCAUAUUGGGGCUUGGAACUCUCCUGCCAUGGAACUUCUUCAUGACUGCUACCAUGUACUUCACCAGCCGGUUGAAGAGCACACCCACAAACGGAGCUGUGGUCAACCAGACAGCCAAUAGCACGUUGGCAGCUGUUGACGUACGUAAUGUCCUGGAGUCCAAGUUCAACAAUGUGAUGACCCUAUGUGCUAUGGUGCCACUGCUCAUCUUCACUUGCCUCAAUUCCUUCAUCCAUCAGAGAAUUCCACAGAAAUUGAGAAUCUCUGGCAGUCUCUCAGUUAUCCUGUUGGUGUUUCUGAUCACUGCGGUGUUGGUGAAGGUGGACAUGACCCCUCUGUCCUUUUUCGUGGUCACUAUGAUCAAAAUUGUCUGCAUUAACUCAUUUGGUGCAAUUCUACAGGGGAGUCUGUUUGGUCUGGCUGGUAUGCUGCCAGCCUCCUAUACCACUCCAAUCAUGAGUGGCCAAGGGCUCGCUGGAACCUUUGCAGCAUUUUCCAUGAUCUGUGCGCUUGCCACUGGCUCAGAGCUGCAGGACAGUGCCUUUGGGUAUUUCAUCACUGCAUGCGUUGUAAUACUUCUGGCCAUCGUGUCCUAUAUUGCCCUACCAAAAAUGGAAUUUUUCCAGUAUUACUCAGACACCAGUAGCUCCAAACCUGGCACUGAUGAGGAAAAAAAUAUGGAUCUGUUGUCCAAAGAAAGCCCUGGGGAGGCAACCGCUGUAGUCAGUCUCACUGGUGAAGAAACAACACACAAUAUCUCUGUAUUUGCCAUCUUUAAAAAGAUCAGGGUGAUGGCACUUUCAGUGUGUUUUAUUUUCAUGAUCACUAUUGGAAUGUUUCCUGCUGUGACUGUAGACGUCAAAUCAUCUGUGGCAAAUGGGAGCAUUUGGGAAAUUUAUUUCAUUCCCGUGGCUUGCUUCUUGCUCUUCAAUGUGAUGGACUGGGCUGGACGAAGCUUAACUGCAGUGUGUAUGUGGCCUGGCAAAGACAGCAUCUGGCUGCCAGGCCUGGUCAUAGCACGUGUGGUGUUCAUCCCCCUCUUCAUUUUGUGUAACGUGCAACCUAGGAACAACCUGCCUGUGCUCUUCGACCAUGAUGCCUGGUACAUCAUCUUCAUGAUCGUCUUCUCCUUUAGCAAUGGCUACCUGGCCAGCCUCUGCAUGUGCUUUGGACCCAAGAAAGUGGCCCAGCAUGAAGCGGAGACAGCUGGGACUAUCAUGGUCUUUUUCCUUUCCCUGGGCCUUGCACUGGGAGCCGCGGUGUCCUUUGCUUUCCGGGUCAUGAUCUAGAAUCUUUGUUCUGCAGCUACUCAGCAUAGUGCCCCCUGGGGGAAGGAGGAAAAAGUGGCCAGAUUUCUGAACUGUGCCAUUUGGAACCAGAACUGGCUUCAUAAUUGCCCAUGGUUUCCAAGCCUGAGAACAUCUGCUUUGUAUAAACAGAGACCAUUGCUUAUUUGGAAGGGCUACUGGGGGGUCGUAUACACCAUUGUUUACACAAAACAGCUCCUUAGGAAACAGACAUUGUGGGGGUUCAUUGUGGAAAGGAACACCCUUUCUAAGCAAAGCUCUCCAUUCAGGAACCAUUGUAUAAGCCAAACUUAAACUUUAAAAAAUUUUUUUUUUUUAACAUUUUCACACUCUAAGUGUGAAUCAAAUAUUUUUUAUGUUAGCUCAGUAAUAGGACUACCUGAAUCAUUAGCUCAUUUGAGAUUAAAUCUUUUGAAUGCAUAGCCUUUAAAUUUACUCUUAUUUUGUUUUUUUAAGUAGUACUCUAAAAUUCUAAUAUAUAUAAAAGGUAUAUGAUGACUGAGGUGCUGUUUUCUGGUUUAAUCUCUUUUAAUCGCAUAUUGUUAGUUUUGUUUGAUUAUUUUAGUUUUUAGCCUUUUAAGUGUGUUGGUUUAUUGGUUGUGGAAUUUGUUCAGUUUUCAUUGGUUGUUGAAGUGACUAACUAACUUCAUCUUCAUAGAUAAUGCUCCUGAUUAAUUAUAACUGCUUUUUUUAUUAAAAAUUAACCUUUUUGUA